AUGUCGGAAGCGGAAAGCAUUUGCGGAUUUCCCGCGUAUCCGGAAUUCCGCUUGGGUUCGCCCAGAUUCCCGCAAGACACUUUUUUGGGCCGAUAUCUGCACUAUUUGGAUGUGAUUGAUCCGAGAACACUUUUUGCGUCGGAGGUGGGUGAAAAUUUGAAUUUUUGAUUUGAAAUCGGUCACGCGUUGCGUGAGCGCGGCGCGUGUUUGUUCGAUAGAGCGCUGUUGUUUCUGCGUCUCUACACGCUCUCUAACCGAGCUAAACAACCGCAAUCUUCCGCCCUCUGCAUCUCUAACCUUCUAGCUGUCUGAUUUCUCUCAUCUCUACACACCAUCAUUUUUUGCCCGCCAAAAAUACGUUUUAAAAUUAUCACAAAAAAUAUUUUUGCAGAAACGUCUCUCAGAUUCUGUCGCUCUUUUAUCCGCCUAUCAAUCCAACAAAUCUCUUUCCAAAAACAUCACAAACAAAGAUUUAUGGGAAGCUCAAAAACUCAAAACCGCAAUUCUUCAUCCGGACACCGGAGAGAAAGUAUUGGCACCUUUCCGCAUGUCCGGAUAUGUUCCGUUUGGUUGGAUUACUGUAACCGGAAUGUUGUUGCCGAAUCCAUCGUGGCCUACACUGAUAUUUUGGCAAUGGAUGAAUCAAUCGCACAAUGCUUGUGUGAAUUAUGCAAACAGAAAUGCGACUCAACCACAACCUUUGUCCAAAUAUUUGGGAGCUUAUGGAGCUGCGGUUGGAGCCGCUUGUUCGAUUUCUGCUGGAUUGACGUAUUUGAUUAAGAAGAGCUCGAAAUUGCCACCGACUACUAGUUUGAUUGUUCAGGUUAGGGAAUUUUUCGUAGAUUAAACAUUUUUCAUGGAGGUCUUUAGGCGUGAAAUUCGAAAAUUCAAAUUUCCCGCUUAAUUUUUCAAGGCGCGAAAUUUGAAAAAUUUAAAUUUCCCGCCUAAUUUUUCAAGGCGGAAAUUUGAAAAAUUCAAAUUUUUCAUUUUUUUUGGUGAAACAGGGAUUUUUAGGAGAAAAAUCAUUUUAGCUAGAUUAAUUCUGGAAAAAAUUGGAUCCGGGAUUUUUUCAAAAAAAAAAGAUUUGCAAAAUGUUUGGCCAAUUAUAAAUUAAUUAAAAAAAGUCAAUCAUAAAUAUUUAAUGAACAUAUUUUGAAACAGUGAAUUUUUGUGGACCAAAAAUAAUUCAAUUUUUGUUCCUCACGUGAUUUCUCUUCUGUUUUUCAUUUUUUUUUGUUAUCAAGAAAAUAAUAAUCAAAUUUCACAAAUUCAAUUUUCCAAAUUUCUCUAAUCAAAUCGUAUUUCAAUUCCCAUAAAAUCCAAAUAAAAUUUCUCCCAAAACAAACCAAAAAUGUUAAUCAAAAAUCUGAUUUUUCCAAUUUUCUUAAUUCUGAUUUCUGUCGGAACUUCGGAACAAUUCAAAUUCUGCACCAAAACUCUGAAUUGUCCAACUGGAGAAAGAUGUUCGUAUCGGAAAUGUGUAAAUGCUUGAAAUUUGAAUUUUUGCAAUGAAAAUGAAAAUCAGUUACUGUUUUUUGUGGCAUGAUUUUUGAGAAACAAAAAUUUAAAUUUUUAAAUUUCGCGCUACAAAAAUUUGGCCUACACAAAAAAAAGUCUACAGUAUUUUUCUCGAAUAAAACAGCGAUCGAAUCAAUCCAAACAAGUGAAUUACAAAUUCAUUAAAUUUUUGAAACAGUGAAUUUUUUUCUUUGAAAAAAUGAGAAUUUCUCCCAAUUUUUCCAGCGCUUCGUUCCACUUCCUGCAACUUCUCUAGCUUCAUCUCUAAAUGUGAUUUGUAUGCGAUACAAUGAGCUUCAAACCGGAAUCGAAGUUUAUGAAAAAGAAACUGGAAAAGUGAUUGGAGUCUCGAAAAUUGCAGCAAAACAAGCGGUGACUGAUACAACUUUGGUUCGAGCAUUUUUGCCGGUUCCACUGCUUUUAUUGCCUCCAUGUAUUAUGCCGUUUUUUGAGAGGUAAGCAGAGUUUUAAUUCAUCAGCCAACUAUUAUUCAAAAUUCUCAAAAUAUUUUUCUGAAACAGUAUUUUUUUUGGAAUUUUCUAUUGAAGAUAGAGCUCAAGACUAGCUUCCAAAAUACAAAAAUUAAAUUUACAAACAAUUUUUGAAACAGUGAAUUUUUAUCAUGUUGGCAAAUGUUUUUUUUUAAUUAAAAAAAUCUUGAAAUUAUUUUUAAAAGUAUUUUUCUGAAACAGUAUUUUUUGGAAUUUUCUAUUGUUGAUAGAGCUCAAGACUAGCUUCCAAAAUACAAAAAUUCAAUUUACGAACAAUUUUUGAAACAGUGAAUUUUUAUAAAAAAAAUUUUUAAUUAAAAAAAAAUUGUUCCUAAAAUUAUUUUUAAAAGUUUUUUCUUGAAACAUCAAAAAAACUUUUCAAAAAUAUUGAAACAGUGGAUUUUUUUCCCAAAAAAAUAUAAUUUCCAGAUUCAAAUGGGUCACCAAAACUCAAGUCCGUCACAUUUUUGUAAACGCAGUCGUGUGUACUUUAUCCUUCGCUUUCAGUUUGCCAAUUGCUCUUGCUCUUUUCCCACAAGAAAGUGCUGUAAGUUGAAAAAUUCCGAUUUCUUGUGCUGAAAAUCUGGAAACUUCGAAUUUUCAGCUUCCAAUCGAUCAACUCGAACCAGAACUUCGUGCAAAAACCACAGCCAAAGAAUUAUAUUAUAAUAAGGGUUUAUAA